AUGAAGUUUAACCUGGAUCAAUAUGGUUCUGUUUGCCUUACAGAUCAGCCGUUGCAACCAGCGAUUAAUAUUCGGCGGCCGAUUGGAAGAUUUUCUCAAGGAGAGAACAUAACGAUCGACUGUAAAGCUCCAUCUUUUUACCAAGGAGCAAAGUUCUUCCUUUACAAGACCAACCAACAGGCCUCCUUACAGUCACUGAAGGCCGAUGACAACUCCAACACAGUGGCCUUCCUUCUGACAAAGAUAUCGACGUCUCAUGAAGGUUCCUACACCUGCUCAUAUCAAGUCGUGAGAGAUGGUCGACCAUCCACAUCAGAUAUCAGCAGCCAAGUGCUAAUCUCUGUCAUAGAUAAGCCACCUAAACCCAGGAUUGAUUUUUUGGGAUCUUUGGGGCAGUUUUCAAUUGGAGAGACGGCAUUAGUGAGAUGCAUUGCUCCGAGUGUGUACUAUGGUGUCACGUUUGUGUUGUCCAAAGUGGAAAACAGUGGCUACAUUACAACUGCCAUUGCUAAGACUCCUGGUUACUCAACAAUUUUGUACAUCAAAGAUAUUCGAUCGAAAGCCCAGGGAGACUAUGUUUGCAUGUAUCAAAUAACCAGGUCAGGGAUUGUCUACAAUUCAACGUUGAGUGAGCGGAAAUCCUUAACUGUCUCUGAUGAGCUCCAGAAACCUCAGGCUACCCUGAACAGACCUCAGGGCCAAUAUCUACAAGGGCAGGACGCUGAGCUGACAUGCUUGGCCCCCAAGGUCUAUUCCAGCCUGACCUUCUCCCUCUACAAAGCCGGAAACCCCAACGUCAUUGCUUCUCAAGGGCCGAUAUCCAACUGGAGCGUGGUUCUGGAGAUCAGACAACUGGAGGCCCAACAUCAAGGCUCUUACUCUUGUGUCUACCAGACCACCAUCUCCGGGAGACUCUACACGUCCGCACCCAGUGACAUCCUCAACAUCACGCUGACCGGGGAACCAGAAGGUGCCAAGUUGACUCUGACCACGAUGUUUGGACUAUACGUGCGGGGAAAAAGUGUUCGCAUAACCUGCAUCGCUCCAGAAUAUUACAACACACGCUCGUUCCGACUCAUUAAAGAUGGGAAGGACACGGGGAGAACUUGGACAACCACUCAAUGGACCAAGCAAGGAGCAGAGUUCAGUAUGGCCAAUAUAACUGUGGGAGACAGCGGGAACUAUACCUGUACUUACGAAGCUGAAAUCAGCAACAAGACGUUCAACUCCAGCUACAGUAACUUUGUUGCUAUCGACGUCGUUGAGCGGGUGGAGAUUCGUCUGAAGAACGGCACCCACGACUGCUCGGGCAGGGUGGAGGUCCUGAGCAACAAGACGUGGGGGACUGUCUGCGACGACCAGUGGCAGAUCGAGGAUGCCCAGAUAGUUUGCAGGGAGCUUGCCUGCGGCCACGCCAUCACCGCCACCUCACACGCCUAUUUUGGUCAAGGUAGCGGCCCCAUUAUCCUGGAUGACUUGAACUGCCAAGGAACGGAGCUGUUUCUCUGGCAGUGUGCCUCGCGACACUGGGGCCAACACAACUGUAAUCAUCAUGAAGAUGCUGGAGUCAUCUGUUCUGGUCCCAAAGCAAGGUUGUCGUUGAGUCCAGACUAUGAUGUCUUUGCCAAAGGGGAUUCGGUCACCUUUAAAUGUUCAAUCCAGAGACACAACGCCAGCAAACGCAUGGAGUUUUUACGAAACAGCGUUUACAUCUUGCAUGAGGAACUCAACCCAGAAGAUGUUUCUGCGACGUACAAUAUUGGCGAUAUCGGAGAAAAUGACCAGGGAUAUUACACAUGUCGAUAUUCCUAUUUGAUGGGUACUGACUGGAUAAAGUCGACUGCAAGUGAUCCAGUACCAUUAAUACUGUCAGAUUCACCUGUUAGUCGAAGAAGGAAUUCCGCAGGGCCCAUGAACAGGAAGAGAAUCAUCGGUCUUUCUGCGGGAAUGAUCAUUGCUCUUGUCCUUGGACUGUUUGCGCUAAACCGUUAUCGGAAAUCGGGCUACAUCUGGGAACGCAAAGGAAGUCGUCUCCACAAUCUACAACCAUUAAUCACUAAUCAAGAUGAGCAAGAUCGGACUGAAGAUAUCGAUGAAGAUAGCUCAAUUUGAGCAGGAACUACUUGAAUUUUUCCAUACUAUAUUUCCAUAAUACAAAUGCCAACUUUAU